UGCAACUUAUCGACCAGAUAAGCGGCAGACGCCCUUGCCUCAGCGUCCAUUACGAGUGUGAGACAAACGGCGAUGAAUGACAGUUCGAGACAAGUCGCAGCAGCCAUGCAAACCGCGCGCUGCGCGCUUCGACGUCACGGCCGGCGCUCAUAAUUCAUACCACACCUUGUCUUGAACCGUCAUCAUGGCCACUGCUUCAUGUUCGACGACGACCGCAGAUGGGAAAAUUUUGAGAAGAGCAGAUCCCGGGACGAUCAAGGACAAGUUCAUGGUAGGCUAUCAGGGGUGGUUUACCUGUGCUGGCGAUGGGGAGCCGGUUCAUCGAGGUCAUCACGGCUGGCUGCACUGGUUUAACUACCCUAUCCCUCACGGCGGGCGACCCAACACAGAUCUGUGGCCCGAAGUAUCAGAGUACUCGCCAGAAGAGCUCUAUCCUGCACCAGGCCUUCAUUUCAGCAAUGGAGAGCAAGCAAAGCUAUUCUCCUCUCGUCACCCGCGCACCGUACAACGGCACUUCCAUUGGAUGGCCGAGCACGGCGUCGACGGCGUCUUCUUGCAGCGCUUUGCAUCGCAUUGCGCCGAGGGGAAAGAGGACCUCCGCCGCAUGCGCGAUGAAAUAACCAUCCGCGUGAGGGAGGCGGCCGAGAAGGAGGGAAGGGUGUUCUCUAUCAUGUACGAUGUGACAGGAAUGGCACCGGAUCGUAUAGAAGGCAUCAUUAAACACGACUGGGCACACCUCGUCCACGACCUAAACAUCCUCGAGAGCCCGAAUUAUCUUCGUGAUAGGGAACGCCCUGUCGUUGCGCUCUGGGGCUUCGGCUUCGACGGGGGCAAGUUCGACCCCAACACCGUGCGCGACAUUAGCCACUGGCUACGCCACUUUACUCCAGGCGGCGCCUACCUCUUCGGUGGCGUCCCAACUUGCUGGCGCACGGCCGACAACGAUGGUGACAGGAAUCCUGACUUCCUGAAAAUCUUCCUUAAUGAGUUCGAUGCAAUCUCGCCAUGGCUUGUCGGACGGUUCCGCACCGAGGAGGACGCGACACGCUUCGCGGAAAAUCGAAUGAAGGACGAUGUUACGCUCAUCAAUGAGACGAAUGAGGAGUUUGCGAAGCAUGGGGUCGACCGGAAGAUAGACUAUGUCCCAGUUGUAUGGCCAGGAUUCUCGGGCCUCAACCUCUCCGAGGGCAAAUGGCAGCUGAACAUGGUCAAGCGGAAUGGAGGACGCUUUUUGUGGCAACAGAUCGUCAAUGCGAAGCGGCUGGGCGUCCGUAUCCUGUAUGGCGCAAUGUGGGAUGAAUACGACGAGGGCACUGCGUUCCUCCCCGUAGUUGAGAAGUCACGGAACCUGCCCAAAACCGAGGACGAUAAAUUUCAGUUCCUCGCUUUGGACGCAGACGGUUAUGACCUUCCGAGCGAUUGGUACAUGCGUAUUGCAGGCUUCGCGGCGGAGGCCUUGAGGAGCGAGAGGAUGGUGCAUGACUCGUUCCCGGUCAAGGAGCUGCAAGACUACUGGGCAGGCAGGCCGAGAUACGAGAGCCCGGCGAAACGCCGCGAGACCCUGGAUAUGAUUGAAGGAGCAGGCGCGUCCGGGUCGGGUUUUGGUGGAGGCGGUGGCGGAAGUGGUGGCGGGCAGUCAUACGAAGAGUGGCUGGCCGCCAACAAGGAGGUCAAGGACGAGGCGCCGCCACCGCCGUAUACCUUGGAGGCCGAAGAUGAGCCGGCUGGUGCAGGCUCUGCGGAGACUAUCGUCCCGCAGCCGGGGACAGCGACGCAAGGAGCAUCGAAUGCGUCGUUUCCACAGGUUGCUCCUGCAACUACGAGGCCUAGUGCAUCUCCACCACCCUCUGUGCCUGCUGCUACGCGACCCUUGCAGGCAGAUCCUGUGAGCGCCUCGAUCAAUGCUCUCGCGGACGACCUCGCUCGUCAAGACUUGGCCGGCGCUUCCGCGUACUACAACUCGGCGCCUGCACCACCGCUGAGCACUUCGCCUCAGCCGAACAUGCCACCGCGCCCGAGCAUGUCCCCGCAGCCCAGUUUGCCGCCUCGUCCUAGCACGUCACCACGUCCUACUAGUAGCACUUCUCCCCGACCGCCCGCACCCCCCAUGCACCCGGCGCACCCUGGUUCUGCGAGUAUAUUGCCUCGGCCGCAGGGGCCGUAUCAGCCGCCCCCGUCACAUCCAGCGAGGCCGGCCAACACGACUCGUCCGACGCCACCUUUAGCUUCAAGACCGUCUGCAUCUGCUUUGCGUCCGCACCCAACGAGCGCUUCUCGACCUCCGCCGCCGCCUGUCGUACGGCAUGACUCUCGCCCGGGAAGCUCACAUCAGCCUGAUUUGCCGGCGCGUCCCGGGGGACAUCGCCCGCCACCAGUAUCAGUGUACCCAGGAAGCCCAACGCAUUCGACGUUCGCAGUGCAGGGCUCGUCGAGCCAUUCGCUGCCAACUAGUCCGCAUGCCAUACCGAGCGGUCCGGGUGGCAUGGCCGGUGUUGGCACGGGUCAGUUAUCGUACAUGCAUAGUGCGCCGCCCAUGGCGGGCUCGUCGUCUCUGCCCGCAUCUUCUGGACCAGGCUCGCUGUCGUUCCCGACGGCCAUGGUGGGCGCGAGCGAUAAUCUCAGUCCAGUUUUUACACCUCCAGUCAUGCCGCACUCGCCAGGGUCGCGUCCUUCGUCACCUUACCAUAGCGGCUCCUCAUCGUUUCAAGCCUCUUCGCCGUAUCAGGCGGCAUCGUCGCCAUAUCAGUCAAGCUCGUCAUCGUACCAGCCCUCGUUAUCAUCGUACCCUUCGUCACCGUACCAGCCGGGCUACAUGAACAACCCUCCACCGGCCAGUCCCGCAUUUGGAGCGGCAGGGUCGAGCUAUCCCGGGUCCUCCUCAACGUCGACCUACCCAGGGGCAUCGACGUAUCCUGGCCAAGAGGCAGGAUCAUCCCAAUAUCCAAGCCUGGGGUCAACCUCGCAGUAUCCUGGUGGUCCUGCACCUUAUGGAGGUCCGAGCGCGCCUCCAGCUGGCUACGGACACACCGGUGGCUCGUCGUACCCGGGGAUGCAACCAACACCACCUGGCGGCUCAUCGUAUCCGGGCGGGCCGAGUGGGAGCUCCCAACCGGAAUUGCCCUACGUACCAUACCGCCACCACCAUGCAGCAGCCAGUCCCAGCCCUGCCAAUGUUCCUGCAGCUCCCGGCACCCCUGCCCCUCCGCAAGCACAGCAAUCGACUCCUGGAGGAUCAAACUACGUGAAUUACGCUCUUGAUGCUGUGGACAAGUUCGGUGGACGCAAAGCACGAGACCGCGUGGAUAGCGUGAUGACUAGUGAGCUGUUACUGCUGUCGAUGAUCCUGGUCUCGCUGAUGACAUUGCUAGCGGGGAGCAAGUUGCUCGGCAGGUUUACGAAGUGAACGCGCAUGGCACGCAUCUAAACCAGUUAUUUCCUGUCUUG